AGUAAGCAGCCAGUGAAGAAUCCAGCCUGCCAAACAAGACUGAGUUUGGGGUCAGGAACCGGUCUGACAAGAGAAUGGCAAUCCUGCACGUAAACUGUCAAUAGGACUGUAUAUUUGAGGAUGAACCUACCAGAACACUGGAUCCAAAGUCGACACACCGAACAAGAGAAUGUCAAGACAUAUUUCAGGUUCAAGUGAAGAGGGGGGUCAAAUUAUAUUUUCAUUCCUUCCAUGACAUCUGCGGAACAACUCUCAGAGGCUGCCUGGUUUCCAUGGUGACCUUGAAAGGGAAAUCACGCGAGAGGAGAUUGUGAGUGUCACUAAAGAUGUCCGAUAGAGUCGAUAUUGAAGAGAAACCGCCAGCCCCUCCCUUGAGAAUGAACAGUAGUCCCCGAGACUCUUCAACAGUGAAUCACGGCUCCAAACCUCUCCCAAUGGCUCCUGAGGAGAAGAACAAGAAGGUCCGCCUGCGCUCCAUCUUCCCUGGAGGAGACAAGACGAACAAGAAGAAGGAGAAGGAGCGUCCUGAGAUCUCCCUGCCCUCAGACUUUGAGCACACCAUCCAUGUUGGCUUUGAUGCUGUUACAGGGGAGUUCACUGGCAUCCCAGAACAGUGGGCGCGGCUCCUUCAGACCUCCAACAUCACCAAGCUGGAGCAGAAGAAGAACCCUCAGGCCGUGCUGGACGUGCUCAAGUUCUACGACUCCAAAGAGACGGUCAACAACCAGAAAUACAUGAGCUUCACCUCCGGAGACAAGUCAGCACAGGGAUACAUAGCAGCCAACACUCUGAACCGACUGCUGUCGUCUGGGCCUCCUGUCAGCCUUAGAACCUGCAGUGCAUUAUUUGACAAGGGUGCAAAGACAUCCACAGAGCCCCCUAUAGCACCCCCUGUGUCAGAGGAGGAGGAGGAGGAGGAGGAGGAAGAGGAGGAGGAUGACGAUGAUAACGAUGAGCAACCACCCGUCAUCGCACCUCGACCUGAGCACACUAAAUCUAUCUACACCCGCUCUGUCAUCGAGCCCUUGGCGCCUCCCGCCCCUGUGAAGGAGGUCACAACCCCGCCAGAGUCCCAGGUCCAGCCGGAGAACACGUCCAGCACUCUGUACCGCCACACCGAUCGGCAGAGGAAGAAGUCCAAGAUGACAGACGAGGAGAUUCUGGAGCGACUGAGGAGCAUUGUGAGUGUGGGGGACCCCAAAAAGAAGUACACACGCUUUGAGAAAAUAGGACAAGGGGCAUCUGGCACUGUGUACACAGCCAUUGACAUUGCUACUGGCCAGGAGGUGGCCAUCAAGCAGAUGAACCUCCAACAGCAGCCUAAGAAGGAGCUGAUCAUCAACGAGAUCCUGGUUAUGAGGGAAAACAAAAACCCCAACAUAGUCAACUACCUGGACAGUUACCUGGUAGGGGAUGAGCUAUGGGUGGUGAUGGAAUACCUGGCUGGAGGUUCACUGACUGACGUGGUGACUGAGACCUGCAUGGACGAGGGCCAGAUCGCUGCAGUCUGCAGAGAAUGUCUGCAGGCUCUGGACUUCCUGCACUCCAACCAGGUGAUCCACAGAGACAUCAAGAGUGACAACAUCCUGCUGGGCAUGGACGGCUCGGUCAAGCUCAGAUAUUAA